AUGCGACCUACCGUCUUUACUGUCGCUUCGCUCGCCGUGCUCAGCGUUCUUGGCUUCAACCUUCCGCAGACGCAGGCCAAGUCGCUCAGCAACAGGAACCCUAACUUCAGCCCCGUGAUCAUGGCCGAAAAGCACGAGCGCCGGAACGUCUGCGUCAAGCGCAGCAAGAAAACGACCAAGAAGAACACCCAAAAGAAUCCCACCUCCAAGAUGACUAGCAGCACGGCUGGCAAUGAGACGCCCGUUCAAGCUGCUGCCAAAGCUACAUCCAAGUCUUCGUCAAGCUCUGUUCUACAAUCGUCAUUCAAUGCAUCUGCUUCGACCAGUACUGGUACAAUUCGCUCAGCCUCGCUGUCCACCUUUGCAGGCCAAGCUCCGCCCAAGAGCCCUUGGGGUAACUGUUUCGACCUCACCGCUACCGCCUUUCAGCCCAACUGGAAGGGUGAGGCUACCACCACCUGGUGUGGCGUCAACUUUGACAAGUCUUCCCCCAUCAUCGCUCUGCCCCUCGCCGAACUCUCCAAGGCGUACGGAUCUGGCAGUUCAGUUACCUACUACUCCAACCAGGCUCUCUGGAACCAGAUGAUCUCGGACUGGUGCGGUCGCGAGGUCUACAUCCAAGGUCCAGGUGGUAUCUUUAGGGCUUACUAUGGUGAUGCCAACGAGUGGACAAGUGUCGACUUGAACAUGAAUCUCUACACCAAGGUCAAGGGUGUAGCCACUGGUAGCUACGUUGAUCCCGAUGCCGCCGGCUGGAUGAACGGUAUCAAGGGUUGCUUCACUGGUCAGCAGAUCAACCUCAAGAACGGCUAUCCCUUCUCUUACACCUAA